UAUAAACAUACACGAGUAAACAGGUAUACUCAUUCUCUGAAUUUUCAAAGAGACACUGAACCGAACUGCUUUGCAAUGCCCAGGAACACAUGCGAAUACCAGCUGCUGUUUCUGCUCUGUUUUCUGAUGAAAAGCUGUCAUGCUUUCAAAAAUGAUGCCACUGAAGAGUUGUAUGGGCACAUGGUCGCAUCACCUCACGAGACUCCGAACAACGCCUCUUUAAAUCGAGCACGCAACGGAGGAAGACGAACGGAGAGCCGAGACCAAAAAGAACAGCACCAGGUCGGUUGCAGGGAGCUGAGGUCCACUAAAUACAUAUCUGACGGCCAGUGUACAAGCCUGAAUCCUGUGAAAGAGUUAGUGUGUGCCGGAGAAUGUCUACCCACCCACUUGCUUCCCAACUGGAUCGGUGGAGGUCACUACUGGAGCAGACGUGAUGUCCAGGAGUGGCGCUGUGUCACGGACCGCACACGCACCCAGCGCAUUAAACUCCAGUGCCAGGACGGCAGCACACGCACCUACAAGAUCACCGCCGUCACAUCCUGCACGUGCAAGAGAUACACACGCCAACACAACGAGUCCUUUCAUGCACCUCAGAGUCCCUCAAAGGAUCCUCAGAACCCCAAGAAGAGAAAAAGUAAAAGUAAAAAUUCAAAGCUCAAUCCUAAAAAUGAGUAGCGGCAGCAAUCCUGUGCUCAUUGAAGGAAAGGGACUAUAAACUUGCAAUGAUGUACAGCUGUUAUUCUUAUUCUUUUUUGACCAUGCAUAACUAUAUGCAUAUAUGUGUGUGUGUAUGCACUUUUUUGAAUAUGUUUUGUACAAAUAUCCUGAUUACAAAAAGCUAUGAUGUGUACGACUACAUUUGACUGACAAAAGUUGAAAACUGAACCAAAUAUUUGCAUUUCAUAUAUAUUAGUUUUUGAAUAGAAUUACAUCUAUUUUUAUAUAAUAGUUUUUAAACUGGUAAAUACACAUUUAUCCAAUAAAUUAAGUAA